UUCACCCCUUCAUAACAAAUACGCAGCGCAGCUUCAAGACCAACUCUCCUCUCUCUCUCUCUCUCUCUAAAAUUCUUGAUAUUGUACGGAAGAACAAGAGUAGACCGUAGACGCUAGAGGUUGCUCCUUCUCGUUGCUCCAAAUUAUAUGGAGUCCAACAGUAGUUCUGUCGAAAGGAAAGAGCCGUCUCAGCAGAUGGAAAUACAACCUCCGGAAGCCGAGGUUCAGGAAAUUCCUCAUCUUGAAGGCAAUAGUACUCCAGUUGUUCAUACAAGUGUCCCUACUCCUCCUAAAAAGCGUAAAAGAGCAGCACCUUCUGAAAAUGAUUCUGGCGUUGGGAGGGAAACAUCAGACAUUUGGAAAUACUUUACCAAAUUCAUUGAUAAAGAUGAGGAAAAUUUUGCUAAGGUAACAGAAGAAAAGAAAAGGAAGAAGAAGAAACUGGCACUGCAAAACAGAAGAAGCAAGGAUGAAAUAGAUGAAUGCCAUCUAUCAUAUGAUAAAGAAGAUGAUUUAGAUAAUGCAGAUGGGAAAACGAAAAAGAGCAAAUCAUCAAAGCAGAAGAAGAGGAAAAAUGACACACUUGCUGAAAGUGGUGUAGUGGAUCAAUCUAAUGACGUAGUGGAUAGGCUUGGUCAAGAAAAUACCAUAUCAAAUGAACCUGGUAAGCCGGAGAAAAGAAAAUGGAAGGGAAAGAAGAGAAAAAGCGAAAAGAAAGCUGGAAAAACUGAGGGUAACGAUUUCUCAAAACGACAAAAAGGCAAGUCAAAAGAGGCACACAAAAUUGUAGAGAAGGAUCGUCCAUCUUCAAUAGCGGAGGAUGAUUUGUCAGAGAAGACAGAACAAGCUGAAGAUGAAGAGAUUUAUGAGCUAUCUUCAGGGGACGAGGAUUACUCUAAAGGAGUGAGAAAGUGGGUUACAGAUUAUUAUCAGAGUAGGCCAGGGAUAAAGGUGUUGCAAGAAAGGAUUGAUGAGUUUAUAACUGAUCAUGAGGCGAAAAAAGAACAGGAAAGGAAAGAAAAAGAAGCCCGUGCUGCUGAAGGUGGAUGGACCGUUGUUGUACACCACAAAGGCAGGAAGAAGACAACAGAUUCUGAAACUGGAAUUGCAGUUGGUUCUGUUUCUCAGACUGCUGUUAUGGAUAAUAUGGCCAAAAAGAAAAAGAACGAUGUGGGAUUAGAUUUCUACCGAUUUCAGAAAAGAGAAGCAAAAAGAAAUGAGAUCAUGGUGCUGCAGAGCAAAUUUGAACAGGAUAAGAAGCGGAUACAGCAGUUGAGGGCUGCAAGAAAAUUUCGACCUUACUGAACCAAGAGAAAAUCUCCAGAACAGCGUCGUUAUAAGUUAACGCAGAAUACUUAUGGAGAAUGGGUUUCAAAAUUGUUCAAUUUAUUGCUUAACUAACAGCACAAGAUAGUUGAUAAAGUUUUGUGACAUGAGUAUAGAUGAGCUAUUGUUCUUGUAUGUUGUUUCCAGUUUUGGUUGUAGUUGGUAGAUGCCCGACUGUUCUCGCUGAAGCUUAUGCUUCAUGUUUCUAGUGGUAGGCAUUUCACUAAAAGCUCAGCCUAGAGUUUUGAUCAAUUGAUUUUAUUUUAAUAUAUUCCUAAGAUUGGAGAAAUAGAAAAAAUUGUAUCUUUUCUACCAUGGGAUUCUCUUCUAUUUAUCUUUAUUACAGACUUCCUAGCGAGUCUGAUCAAUAGA